CGCCGGCUAAUAGUGAUAGCCCCAUCAGCCAUCUUAGCUUUGGUGUUCCACCUUUUGCAGGUUUUUGCAUUUGUUGCUAUCUUAUGGACGACAAGAGUAACGUGAAGAAGGAAAUAGAUGGCUCCCUUGCGCCCCGUCCUCGCAAGGGAGGACUUAAAUUCGCACCCAAAAAGCCUCCAAAGAAACCUGCAAAGGUUGUCCCAAAAGCGGAGCCUGUUGAGGAGAGCAAGGAUGAAAUCAUUGAUAAGGAAUUGUUGAUGAAACUGAAGACAUCACAGAGCACUGAUCCCUUUGGAAGAAGACCUAAGGUUGAGAAAAAAGAAAUCAAUACACAGGUUGCAUUUGGGCAAGGGAACUCUUCGUACGCAAGAUCUUUUCCUACGCGGAAGUAUUCGGCAGCGCCAAAACCACCAAAAGAAUAUGUGGAUCCAUGGGAUUAUACCCAUAGCGACUAUCCUAUAACUCUCCCACUUAGGAGGCCCUACUCUGGAGAUCCUGAGAUUCUUGAUGAAGAGGAGUUUGGAGAGAAUUCGGCCAGCAGAGCUCAGGAUGGGGAAUUAACUGCAGCAGAAGAACUUGGAUUAAUGGAUUGGUCCGACACACCACAGUUACUCUUCUUCCAGUUACCUGCGUCUCUUCCUUUACCAAAGCAAAUGGAAUCUGUUGAAGAACCAAAUACUGGCUCUGAGGAGAAUGUUGAACCUGCCACAAGCUCUAAAGUGGCACGUGGGCAGACACUCCCUGGCUCUAAGAUCAAAGAUCUGCCAGGAGGUCUCAUGGGGAAGAUACUCGUUUAUAAAAGCGGUAAAGUGAAGAUGAAGAUAGGAGAUGCACUGUUUGAUGUAUCUCCUGGUUCAAAUUGCAUGUUUGUCCAGGAGGCCGUAGCGGUUAACACCAGAGAAAAUCAUUGCUGCACCCUGGGAGAGGUCAGUAAGCGCGCGGUUAUUACCCCGGACGUUGGCUAUCUGCUGGGCUCUACUGAUAAGAUGGAAGAAUAAGUCCAUGUUUGCAUGGAAUAUUGUUCAGGAGAACAACCUGUGAGUAUACUUGCCCUUCCUGGACUUCAUUCUAGGAGGGGGGUAUCAGCUUUUCCCAAUAUGAUAGUCUUUGGUUUUCAAGGAAAUGCAUUGAACAAUAGUUGAAUUGAUCAGUCAGUGACAAAUGGAUCAGUGCUGAAGUGAGGGGAAUGGCAUAAAAUCGCAAUUUUGGUAGUAAAGAUAAGCUCGUGGAGUGAUUUUUGUGCCUUGUUCAGGCCGCUCGAUCAAGUUUUCUUGGUAAAGUGAAGGUGCUUAUAUUUGCAAACCUGCUCUCUUUUUUUUUA